AUGAAGUAUGCCUGGAAUGUGGCUUGUGAAGCACUGAGACUUGUACCUCCAAUUCAAGGGAACUUCCGCGAGGCCUUAACUGACUUCACAUUUUCCACCUUCUUCAUUCCGAAAGGAUGGAAGAUAUAUUGGACCCCCAAUACAACGCACAAGAACCCGGAGUAUUUCCCUCAACCAGAAAAGUUUGAUCCCUCCAGGUCUGAAGGAACUGGAUCAAUACCUUAUGCAUAUGUCCCUUUUGGCGGAGGACCUCGGAUAUGUCCCGGAAAAGAUAUUGCUCGAUUGGUUAUACUGGUCUUUAUUUACAAUGUAGUGGGGAAGUUUAGAUGGGAAAAACCCAUUCCUGAUGAGAAUACUGUGGUGGUACCUGUCCCUUUGCCUGCGAAAGGACUUCCCAUUCGCCUCUAUCCCCAUUGA